AUGCAAUAUGCAGAAUUUCGGAUAAGUAAAUUAUUAUUGUUAUAUGUUCCUCCCAUAUUGAUAAUCUUAGGAACCUUUGGAAACUUAUUUUCAUUCAUCAUAUUACGCCGACGGCCAAUGUUAAAAGUUUCAACAUACUUUUACCUCGCUUCGCUGGCGAUUGCUGACAGCUUAGUGUUAUAUAUUGGAUUAUUACGGAUGUGGAUUAAUGAAUUGACAGGAAUAGAUGCCCAGGAUUUGACGAAUUGGUUAUGUAAAUUGACCUGUGUUUUGGGCUACGUUUGCAGUGAUUUCAGUGUUUGGCUCAUUAUUGCGGUCACGGUGGAGCGCUAUAUUGUCGUGUGUCACCCGUUUAAGGCAAAUCAAAUG